AGGGGUCCGAGCGAGGAAGGGGGGAUGGGCGGGGUGGGCGCUGCCCAAAGCUAACCCACGUCUCUGCCCUCGCAGAAAAGGAACCGGGCCAUCACCGCCCGCAGGCAGCACCUGAAGAGCGUCAUGCUCCAGAUAGCGGCCACUGAGCUGGAGAAAGAAGAGAGCCGCCGGGAGUCCGAGAAAGCCAACUACCUGGCUGAGCACUGCCCGCCCCUGCACCUGCCAGGGUCCAUGUCGGAGGUGCAGGACCUCUGCAGGCAGCUCCACGCCAAGGUCGAUGCAGCUGAAGAGGAGAAAUAUGACAUGGAAGUGAAGGUUCAGAAAAGCACAAAGGAGCUGGAAGACAUGAACCAGAAGCUCUUUGACCUUCGAGGCAAGUUCAAGAGGCCUCCUCUGAGGAGGGUGAGGAUGUCGGCUGACGCCAUGCUGAAGGCGCUGCUGGGCUCCAAGCACAAGGUGUGUAUGGACCUGAGAGCCAACCUGAAGCAGGUGAAGAAGGAGGACACCGAGAAGGAAAGGGACCUUCGUGACGUGGGUGACUGGAGGAAGAACAUUGAAGAAAAGUCUGGAAUGGAGGGCAGAAAGAAGAUGUUUGAGACCGAGUCCUAGGCCCGCCCGCCCGCCUGCCCAGCUGCCCGCCCACCCACUCGCCCGCCUGUCCCCCUCCGGCCCCCCCCCCCGCCUGCCCACCAGGCUUCCCCGCUCCCAGAUCCUAUUUAUUCCAGGUCCAUUUCUCCCGCCCCUUUGCCAAGGCCAGCCCCUCCGAAGCCGCGCCCCCAGUGCCCCCCACAGGCUCCCCAAGGGGCCCCAGAGAGUGGGCGGUGGAGAGAGAAGCCCCAGGGCUCUGCCCAGCAGCAGCCCCGCCCCCGUGUGCAGGGGGCCGUCCUCCCGCAGAAACGUUAGCCAUGUAAAUAAAGCUUUGGAAGUCCA